CGGGAGCGCGGAGGAUGCCGGGACGCGGGCACCGGCGGGGCGGGGAGACGCGGCGGCGGCGGGAGACGGCGCGGUGACGUCACGGUGGUGACGUGACGCGGCGCGGGGUCGGGGGUGACGCCGGUGACCGGGGGGGGUGACCCGGGCCCGGUCCUGUGGAGAACCGGGGGCCUGAGGGCAGCGGGGCCCAGGGGAGGCCUCGGGCCGGGGGCCACAGUCCCGACCCCGCCGGCCCCGGGGGGGCCCGGCCCGGCGUGCAGGGUCAGUGCCGGUCCCCGCUGGUGUUCCCGGUGUCACCUGCUCUCCGUUACCGGCCGUUUGUAACAACCGCUGACUGGCUUAAGUCCCGGUCUUCCAGAGGAUGGAGCCGGCACCGUCAAGGACCAAAGUCCCCUCGUUCCUGUCCGACCUGGGCAAAGCCACCCUCCGUGGCAUCCGCAAGUGCCCCCGCUGUGGCACGUACAACGGCACCCGUGGCCUGAGCUGCAAGAACAAGACAUGCGGGACCGUGUUCCGCCGCGGCACCCGCAAGCCGCCCAGCGCCGACGCCGUCAGGAUUGUCACCGGCUCGGCGGCGCAGGUGUACUCGGUGCGGCAGAGGGAGCGGGGAGCGGAGCAGCGGUGCUUCGUGGAGCUGGGGGUGUCGGAGGCGGCCGUCCAGACGGCGGAUGGGACCGUGGUGACGCAGCUGAGCUCCGGGAGCUGCUCGGCGCCGGCGUGCCUGAAAGCGGCGGCACGCGGGGCGGCAGAGAACCAGUGCCAGCACGUCAAGCUGGCGCUGAACUGCCAGAGCGAGGCCACGCCGCUCGCCCUCAAAAGCUCCGUCCUCAACUCCCUGCAAGCCCCCCCUGAAACCAAGCAGAGUAUCUGGCAGCUGGCAACGGAGCCCACGGGGCCGCUGGUGCAGCGGGUCACCAAGAGUGUCCUGGUGGUCAAGCGCAAGGGAGGGCAGAAGCCCGGGCCAGGCUACCUGCAUGUGUCUGUGGGCCCAAGGACAAGCACCAAGGCGCCGGGGGAGCCGCGGUUCCGCUGCUCAUGCCGGGCGCUGCGACACGGCAAGGGUGGUGAGGAGGAGGAGGAAGAGGAGGAGGAAGGGACGGCGCCACGCUGCGUUCACUUCUUUGCCUGUGUCUGCGCCUUUGCCAGCGAUGAGAGCCUGGCGCGGGAGUUCGCCGACCUCCUCGCCUAUGAUGCGGGCGGUCUGAGGGGGAUCGCGGUGCCACUGUCACUUGGGAGCCCCGAAUCGGUGGCGCAGGCUGGGGGGGCGGCUCCCGCCAGGGCCAGGAAGCGGAAAAAGGACUUGACGCCCGGGAUGCAGCCGGCUGGCCCCCUCCUGGCUCACACCCCAGCUCACAGCCACCCCCGCAGACCCGCCCCGAGGAAACCGCCCGUGGCCUCCGCCGCGAAGAGACAAGGCUGCCAGCAGCCGCAGGACGAGUCGCAGGUGUCCCUGUCCUUCCAGGCCUGGCUGGCCAGUGUCACCGAGCGCAUCCACCAGACCAUGCAUUACCAGUUUGAAGGGCAGCCAGAGCCGCUGGUGUUCCACAUCCCCCAGGCGUUCUUCGACGCGCUGCAGCAGCGGAUCUCCAGCGGGAGCGCCAAGAAGAGGCUGCCCAACUCCACCACGGCUUUUGUCCGCAGGGACGCGCUUCCCCUGGGCACCUUCUCCAAGUACACGUGGCACAUCACCAAUGUCCUGCAGGUCAAGCAGAUCUUCGACACACCAGAGCUGCCCCUGGAGCUCACGCGCAGCUUCACCCAGAGCCGGGACGGCACCUACGAGCCCUGGGGGAGCCCCGGGGCAGAGGAGGAGAGUGCUGCCUCCCUGCCCCCCGAGAAGCAGCCACCCCUGCGGCCCCAGGAGCUGCAGACCUUCCUCAAAGUGGGCACCACGUCGCCAGCCCAGAAGGAGGCGACCCCCUUUGUCAUCGAGUGGAUCCCCGACAUCCUGCCCCGGGCCCGGGUCGGGGAGCUGCGGCUGCGCUUCCAGUACGGGCGGCGGGGGGCGCGCCGGGCCCCCCCGGACCGGCACCGGGCCCCCCCGGGGCUCGACGCGCCGCUCGACCUGCCCGCCCUGGCCGCUGUCCCCUUCCCCUGAGCCGCCGCUGGCAGCUCUGCCGCUCCGGACCCUGAAACAAACAGAAAAUAAAACUAACGUGACAAACC